CCUUCUACUUUAGAAGUGUUGGCUCUCCUUCGCAAAAUGUACACCAUUGUAUCACCAUGAAUAACGAACAGAAUAUCCAGGCUGCACAGCAACGACUAGAAGCACUACUACAACAACUAGACCAACGUGAACAAGCACUUCGUGAACAUCAGCAACGAGACGAGCGUAAACAGCCUGAUCCCCGGGCAGAGGUGGAUGCCAUACGACUGGAGAUCGAAAAGCGAGGAUACGCCGUACCCGGACCUGGUCGUGGAUCCCUAUUCAAACUCCGAGUGGAGAUACCAGGAGUAUCUGCCUCGGAUCACAUCAAUAACACCCUUCAGAAUCCAGCGUUAUCAGAAAGCGAUUGGAGCACGGGAACGGCAUUAGAAACCAAUACUGGGAUCUGGUGUCGAGACAAUAUCCGGUACAAGGAAGGCCUCAGUGACGCCCCCACCCAAACACCCGAUUGGUACAAGGGACAACGCCCCGCCGUCAUCAAAGAACUUGAUAACAUAAUCAACUGGGCAAUUUUUUUUAGCCCACGGAUUAAGACAAAUUCAUCUAAGAGGCCUGACAGCCGAUCACCGCGAAGAAGCUUACAACGGCCUCAUCUUGGCUCUUAUUUGCGAUUUCGGUCAAGUGGUAGAACUCAAGGAACUUCGCGUUCGAAAGGGAGCCGAUUUCGCAUCACUGGUUGA